GGUGUUGACAAGUUGUACCGAGUGUUGUGUGUAAAUGGUUGGGCAGCCACGACCACUGGGAGUAAUAGCACAUUAAUAAUAGUGAUAUUAAUGUCCUCUUGAGAACUCGUCACAUCUUAGUGUCAAUUCAACUCAUGAAAACUGUGGAUAGACUAUAUUUACCUGAAUUUACCUGAGGUACACUAACAUUCUAGUGACUUCGACGAGGACAGGAAGCCAGCGAUUGCUCAUUUGGAAUAAAAGUACAGUAUCUCUUCAUGAAAUUCUGAAAAUGGAAGCUUCGUGAAAUCCUGUGAAUGGAAACUCAAUAGGAACAGAUGUCACAAACAUUUCUUUAUGGCAUUGGUGCUUUAAUAGUCUUCACAAUAGCAACCUUUAUUUCAUUAUACAGUCAUCACCCAGACAUGCCAUUGGGGCCUCUUAAAAGAAUGGCUUCUCCCAAUUGUUUCUUUUAUUUUGCAUACGGUUCUAAUCUCCUCAAGAAACGAAUUCACAUCAACAAUCCCUCGGCAGAAAUGAGAAGUGUAGGCAAGCUGAAGGAUUACAGAUUGGACUUCAACCACUUCAGUCAUCGGUGGCAAGGAGCUGUAGCAACAAUUAUAGAAGAUCCUGGCAACUAUUUGUAUGGAGUGCUAUGGGAAAUAGGAAAUGAGGACAUGGCCAAAUUGGAUAUGCAGGAAGGUGUGCAUAAAGGUAUAUAUAAAGUGUUGGAAGUGGAUGUGGAGACUCCCAGUGGUGAGUCUGUUAAGGCUCGAUGCUAUCAACUUGCCGUUCCAUUUGAAGAAGACAGAAAGCCAUCAUUGACUUACAUGGAAGUUAUUACACAAGGAGCUCGUGAGAAUAGACUUCCCGAGGAUUAUAUCAAGUUCUUGGAGAGCAUCGAACAUAAUGGCUACAGUGGUAAAAUAGACAUCGAUAUGGAUCUUAAGCAUAUUUCUUCAAAGUGACCUUAUUCCUCCUUAGUCUUGGCAUGAGUUGGCAAGUGAUGACAUAUUUGUGUAACAUGCUUUUCUAGGGAGGAGGGUUACCCCUUGUGACUCCCUCAAGCUACUGUGUCUGAUACUGUGUCAUACUGUAGUACUCGUCAAUAGUAUGCGCCGCCUUACUUGAGAUGGCACGUACUUACGGCAGAAAAAGAAUGAUGGUCUUGAGGUUGAAAUAUUUUGGACAGACAUAUGCAAUGGCUACAUGACAUUACAAUAGGCAUUAAUUCUCUGGAGUGACCACAAUACCAGAGCCAGUGGUCUCCAGGCUGUCAUAAUGAAUAGUUGUGUGCUGCAUUUUACUCUGUGGUCAUCUGUUGUUUUUUGCACUUAUUAGCAGUUCGUGUGGUAUGACACUUAUUAUAGCACGUACGAGAAGAAAUAGAAACUACUGCUUUAAAGGAAGUAGGUCACCAAAGUAAGGAAAUAAGUAAAUUGUUGGCGUAUAGCCAAGUCAGCAUGAGAAAGAGUGUUGUGUGCGCUUUCAAGGGGGAAACAGUGGCGAUACACCACAGAAAAUCGUUCUGGCCAUCCCAAGAAGACUUCUAAAAGGUGUACCCUUGCUGUAACAUGAAGAGUACUCUCCAAGAAUCAUAUUAGAAUGUUUACAGACCUUGAAGUCAUCUUCCUGGGACAACCAGACCAGUGUUUCUGUGAUGGUGUAUAACUAUGUUUUCCCCUCAGAAGUGUACACAGUACUUCAUCAUGUCAACUAAGUUACACUCAACGAUUAACAUACUUCCAUACCUUGGUGGCUGCUUUCUUCAAAACAAUGAUCUGAGCAAUAGUUUCUUUGUUUAUUUCUGUUGUGUGUGUGUGUGCCAUAAGAACAAUGUCAUACCAUCAACACCACUAUUAACUGCAAUAAAACACAGUGAGGUGCCAGAGCAAGACAUGCAACACAACCGCUCACUAUGAAUGCUCGGGGGCAACUAAGCAUCCCAGCUGUGUGGCUCCAGGGAGGUAGAGCACACUAUGACAUAAUGUAUAGGGCACAUAUUUCCGUCUGUAAUCUUUCACCCACAAGACCAUUAUUCUUUUUUGUGGGGAGCCCCAUCAGCUCCCUGAAGCUAUCCCACUGAUAUAGUGCUAUCCUAUUUGGGGUCAUCAGUCACAGAGUUCUUGUUGUCUACCAGGGACCAGCGCCAGAACCUGGCCCCCUCUCAGAGAAGCACAGGGAGCAAUGUCCUAUAAACAAUUUACAUUUAAAGUAAUCAUACUUGCCAUCUACCAGGGAAGGCACCCAGAAAGGUAGGUGAAACAAAGCAGACCACUGUCUGGUUGAAAAAUGCAACCUACAUCCGUAAAAGCGCAAAAGAUCUUCCUCAUGAAGAAAACAUACAAGCAACACUUCAUUCACCUAGCCCCUGUUCGUUAACCCCCCCCCAUACCCAAGGGGAGCCGGCUUAAGUGAGUCCAGCAACCCACCAUCCAGUUCUUGGCUUAUGGUGCUGGUGGUUGGACAUCGCCUCAGGCCUCAAUUUCCUGUUCUGGGAUUCUUGCCUUAAAUGGCUGUUCCUGCACUUGUGUGUGUGUUGGCCUGGAGUUCCUAGGUACCGAAGUUGCAUGUGUUUAAGGAUACAUGUGAGCCCAAUAGGCUCAGGAACCUGUACACCUGUUGAUUGACGGUUGAGAGGCGGGACCAAAGAGCUAGAGCUCAACCCCUGCAAGCACAAUUAGGUGAGUACAUUCCCUAGGCGCUCCGUGAGUACUGCCCUUGCAUGGUCAGGGUUAUCUUCCCUGGGUAGGGCAUUUGGGAAACACUCCCCGUUAGAGGACUUCCUUGCUUGUGGUUAUCUCGCGCUUAGAAUCAAACAGGGGGGUCUUUGGCUUUAUGCCUUGCCCUGGGUGGGGGGUGUUUAUCGGCUGGUGAGGCACACUGUGGCUGGCAUAGCCUGCAUAAGCUAUCACACGGCGGCUGCCAUUUCUCUUUGAAUGUUGGCUGUUGUGGGGUUUUGGGGGUUUUGUGUUUUUCUGUGUGAGCCCCUUCACCUCCUCGGAGCUAUACCGGGUUGAUGUGUAUAUAUUAGACCAUGGCAACAGUCAAUCGGUGGAGUUCUUAGCCUACUGGGGACCACGAGCCAGACCCUGGCCCCCCCCUCAGAGAGGCACGAGGAGGCCAUGAUUGCACACGUCGCAAAGGUUCAGCAUUUUGUUUGUUUCGUAAUUCUGGGAUAACCGGUAUUAUAGAGUGUGUUGGUUGGUGGUGUUGUUGCCGUCGUGUUCCUCCUUUACGGACAACCCAACCCACAACUCGGUAGAGUGCUUAUACCUCACUAGGAGAUCACCCUUGGCGUUUCUGGCUCUUGGAGAGGGG